AUGGCGGCCAAGAUCGAUGUGGACUAUCUGCUGGAGCAGUUGAUGGGCGUGGGUAAGAAGGGCACCGGUUUGAGUACGUUCAUCGGCGAAGUCGACAUUAUGGAGCUGUUGACCGCGUGCAAAGAGCACUUCAUGGAACAGCCGAUGAUGCUCGAGUUGGACACGCCGUUGACGGUUUGUGGCGACAUUCACGGACAGUUCAACGAUCUGAUGCGGAUCUUUCAUAAAGUAGGUUUUGGAAUUGUGACAUUAUUUUGAAAGUUUAAAUCUAUUGAAUUUAAAAAUGCAUUUUAUACGUCUUUUCAUUAAACUUGGCGAAAAUUUAGCGUUUUUUUAAUAAUUUUACCUUUUAUGCCCAAUUUUUUCAAAACAAAAAUACCAAAUAAGAGUAGCAUUAGCACUAAUAGCGAAAACAGUUCACAUAUUGGACAGUUAACACAUUUCCGUUUAACUGUUUCACUUAAAAAAGCAAUAAAACGUAUUUCUAUUGAGCGGGAUUUGAACCCUCCUUCUUUCGCGCAACAGUCGGGCCCAUUACCACUAUACUAUAACGUUUUUAUGUCGAAUCAUCACGGUUUUAAAUAUUUUUUAGACAUUUCUAGACCUGAAUUUUAUGCUGAUUCUGAAUAAGUAACUAAUAUUUUAAAAUUUGCAUAACUACAAAAGUUAUGACUAAAAUUUAGUCAUGAUGCCUAUAGCUUAUCAGAAGUCAAUUGGAAAACAAAAAAUUUUCAGACCGGCUUCCCAAACGUGACCAACUACCUCUUCCUGGGCGACUACAUUGACCGUGGCAAAAUGAACAUGGAGACGAUUCUGUUCCUCUUCUCCCUCAAACUCAAAUACCCCCAAAACUUUUUUUUGUUGCGCGGAAAUCACGAAACCCAAUUGGUGAAUCGAAUCUACGGCUUUUACGAAGAGCUGAAUCGACGCUACCGAUCGGUGAAGUUGUACAACACCUUCCAGGACAUUUUCAAUUGUAUGCCGUUGACGGCGCUGGUCGGUAGUCGGAUUCUGUGCAUGCACGGUGGACUGAGUCAGGACUUGUACAAUGGAAAGGAUUUGAGCAUUCUCAAGGAAAUUAUUCGGCCAUUGCCGGUGGGUUUGAUUUUUUUUAUGUUACAGUAGGAUUUCCUGAAUUUUACGCCUACCCUGGCCUGAUCUACCCUAUCUUACUAUACCUUACCGUAUCAUACCCUACUCUACACUGCGAAGCCCUGUCUUGCCCUACUCGACCCUACGCCACUUUGGCUAAUUUAAAAACUUCAGGACCCUCCAAACCCGUCACUGCCCCUGGAUCUUUUGUGGGCCGACCCCGACAUAGCCACGCCCAAGUUCAAGUACAGUAUCCGCGGAGUAUCGUGCACAUUUGGAGUAGAAGUUAUCAAGGCCGUCUGCCAAAAAUACGACUUGGAUUUGAUUUGUCGGGCUCACCAGGUAGGGCUAUGGCAAAAAAAAAUCGUUUUUUGGUCACUUUUCCAAUCGAAACAAAAUUUUUCAAAUUAAAACAAAAUUUUUUGAUUAUAUUUUUUAAAUAUAACUUUAUAAACUUUCAGGUAGUUCAAGACGGCUACGAGUUCUUCGCCAAUCGCAAACUGGUCACCAUCUUCUCGGCCCCACAUUACUGUGGCCAAUUCGACAAUGCCGCCGCCGUCAUGCAAAUCAGCAAGAACUUGCAAUGUUCAUUCGAAGUAAGUCACAAAUGUCAUAAAAUGGACUAUCAUUAAACCUGAAAAGGGCCACUAGGCACGGGCUGGGCCAAUUCAAAUCCAAUGUGAAAGAGGCCGGGCUUGCACAGUGGGCCCGAGGUCAGGGACCAAAACCAAAGCCCCGGGGCCCAACUAAAUUCCCGCUACGAAAGAUUUUACUUGCCGAAAGCUAAAACGAAUAUGAUUUUUUUUUCAGCUGCUUCGACCGAAAUUCCCGAACGCCAAAGUCGAGAAGAAGGACUUCCAACUGACAAUGUAUGGCAAACCACCACCAGGGUAG